GGGUCGUGGAGAGAAGGUCUGAGGUAGAAGGACUGGGAAGCAACAAGUGAGGGGGCCCCAUUCGCGGUAUUUCGUUCAACCGAGAAUAGAAACCUUCUCUGGCUUUGGUGCAGCGCUUUGCAGUUUCUAAAGCUCUUUGCCAGCCGUUGGUUACAUUCACACACGGCACCCAGUGAGGCAGCGAACGGCGGGCAUGGAUUGCCCUUUGAGCUUUGAUGAACCCCUUUCUGGCCGAAGUCGAACCAGAAUCAGAGACCCCCUGACUCAGGCUGCUGUCUGGGGAAAAAAUUACUUGUCAGAACCUUCAUUUCAUAGUUGACCUCGGGACCCUUGUAGGUCAGCGUUUCUCAACCUUUUUUUUUCUUUCCAUUAUCGUUCUCUUAAGAAAAGCCUUUUAAAACGUUUUGCUCAUCAGUCUCUUCCUCCUCGACGCCAUGAAAUUGUGAUACCGUUCAUAUACUGUAUAGCUGCUUAUGUACCGUAUCGUGUUUUACACAUAAAAGGAGUAAGAUCUCACCCUUUGGAGGUAUAUCUGCUUCUAAUGUGGCUGUAAUUACCUUGCUCUUCCAUACCAAAAUAUCUUUUGAGGUGCUGUUUUUCAACCCUAAACUUUCUACCAAGAAUGAAACUAUUUAGAAGUUAAGAUGACAACAGAUCACGAAGAGCCCUGUGGUCCUAGUCACAGGUCAUUCUGCCUGAAUGGAGGACUUUGUUAUGUGAUACCUACUAUUCCCAGCCCGUUUUGUAGAUGCAUUGAAAAUUAUACAGGAGCUCGUUGUGAAGAGAUUUUUCUCCCAAGCUCCGGUAUCCAAACUAAAAGUGAUCUGUUCGCAGCUUUCGUGGCAUUGACUGUUCUUCUAGGAACGCUUAUCCUUGGAGCCCUCUACUUCCUCUGCAGGAAGGGCCAUCUUCAGAGGGCCAGCUCAGUCCAGUAUGAUAUCAACUUGGUAGAGACAAGCAGUACCAGUGUCCACCACA